AUGAAGGUUGAAAUGAUGAUAUCCAUUCCAUUUGUGGACGGGUUGAUUGAAGACGUUUUUCAUUUACCUCGAGAUGCGCCAAGGGGGGCGGCAUCCCUUCGUUUGUUCUCCUCGCUUAAGAGUGCCUUUACGUGGGGUAUUUUGUCGACAGUAAUUAUCAGGUUCCAGCGGGUGUGUCCAGGGCCUGCUUUGCAAUGGUUGUGUCCGUUCACAUCAUAUGGUCGGAAAUCGCAGCUCAACAACCGCCAUCAACCGUUGAACCAGCACAUGAAGGAUGUAAAACCGAUUAUGAAGAGAAGUGGAAGUCCUACUAGCAAAACUCCAGUGAGGCAUCGCCGCGGGAUCGUGGAUUAUGAGUUGACAGCAAUUGACGGUCCUUCAGGUGUGUAA